CUUUCCCACUCAAUAUAGUCUUUAACAUCCGGCUUCCCCUAUUAGCCUCUUCUUCCCAUAUAUUCCAAAUUCAAAAUAUAGACUAAGCUAAGCUAGCUUUACCACAACAACAAUAUAUACUAUGUAUGCUUCUCUUGGUAAUUUACUAGCACGCCACAAAUUCGUUAUUGUGUGCAUGUUGGUGGUUUCUAUGACGUUGUUGGAUCGGGUUGGCGGGGAGCGGGCUAGUCCCGAUCGUCGGGUGCCUUCGAAGACGACGAUGACGACGACAAAGUCAUCGGUUUCCUCGGGUGCUAGUCAUGAGGGAGUAAGUGAUGAUAAAAAGGGAGAAGGAGAAGUAGAAUUGAGAGGGCCUUUGAAGCAAGGGAGGAUGCCGGCUUUCCAUGGGAAGGAAAUUAAGGACUGUUUGCCAAAGGGAUUUAGGCAUGCUUCUGCCCCUAGUCGUUACGUUAACUAUCACAUUCUUGGCUCUUUCCGUUGCUCCGAUCCUCCUCAUCCCCGCCAUCACCAGAAACCGUAAUUAGCUUGCUAAGGUUAAUUACGUUGUUGAUCACUUCAGUAUCAUCAAUUUCGUUUUAAUAAUUUCGGGAGCGUAACAUUUAUAUAACUCAGGUUAAUUAAUGUAAUGGUUAAUUAAGAAGGUAAUAAAUUAAGUCUAUUUGUUUCCCAUUCGUGCUUUCUUUCAUUAUUUGGAGUUGGAUAUAUAUAUAAAGUUCUAUCAGAACAAGUUACCUGCAGGUAGGGUUUGCAUGUUUUCAAUGGGGUUGGGGUUGGGUGUGGGGUGCGUGAAUUAUAUCAUUUCUGAGUUCACUUGUGUAGUAUUUGAUUUUAUAAUAUAUUGAUAUAUUUUGAUUAUUUCCAAGCAUUUAUAAGUGGAAAGAUCUUAUCGAAUUAUAAGAUAUUAUUCAAUUCAGACUUCGCUUACAUGCAUGAUAUUAGGGGAUAGGUAAAAAGUAUUACUCAUAAAUUAAAAACAAAUUGGUCGCGUUGGCUACGAAUUACUUUUGAGGUUUGAC